ACAUCAGCAGUCUCCAAUAUGGCUGACGAUCAGUGGUCUUGGGAGCUGUCAAUUACCACUUGAAUUUGUCGCAAGAGUUAGCCUACAGCGACCACAUACCUGCGUUUUUAUUUGUAGCUCUUGUUUUCAGACAUCCACGUUUACUAUUUUACACAAUGAGCACGGCGUCUCUGCCUAAGCCUUCAGGCGGAACUGUGAAGAUAUACGCUGGUGCUGUUGUGACGGCAGAAUGCGAAAUAAAAGGCGAUGUGACAAUCGGCAGCCGCACUAUUGUUCAUCCUGCUGCGCACAUUAUUGCUGAAGCUGGGCCUAUCAUUAUCGGAGACAACAACCUUAUUGAAGAGCAGGUCUACAUAGUCAACAGGAGAAAAGAAGGGGAUGCACCCGACUCAGAGAGCGUGAUGACAAUUGGGAACAACAAUGUUUUUGAAGUUGGGAGUUACUCUGAAGCACUUGCAAUAGGAAACAAUAAUGUUCUCGAAUCAAAAAGCAAAUUGGGAAGAUACACUGAACUGACAAGUGGUUGUGUCAUCGGGGCCAUGUGUGAAGUCAGUACUCAUGAGAAGCUGAAGGAAAAUACAGUAAUAUAUGGCCGUACUUGUGAAAGGAGAAUCCAAAAUGAAAAGCCAGCGACCCAGACGUUGCAGUUGGACUUCCUGACCAAGGUCCUGCCAAACUACCACUAUUUCUGGAAACCGUCCAAGGGAGAGCAAGUUCUCCAGCAGUUGAAGAAGUAGAGAAGGAGCUUUAAUCAUGGAAUUCGGCUUUAUUCUGGUUAGGGGGGGGGGGGGGGCUUCGAGGAGGCGGUUGCUGGGUUCUGUGGCAAGAACUUCAGAAUGAAAUAAAAUAACAACACUUGA